AUGCGACGUGACGCGGAAAAGACAUUUGUAGUACAAACAAUUAUACAUAAACGCGAGUUUUUAUAUUUUUGUCAUGCAUAAACUAAUGUAUAAUUAUUUACCAACACCAUCGAAUGCCGAGUGAAUAACUUGUUUAUGUUGUCCGUUUUUUUUUUAAAACAUUAUCGUCCUGGGUGUUCAACAUUCAACAGAUUUCGUUUUUUUUUUACCUCGGUCAUCGGGUUCAAAGAUGGACCCCAAACACAAAAAGUUGCUACGAUCACUGCGGCUGCAUUUAGCUGAUGAGCUUUUAGUUGGUGACACGAUCGUUCAGUAUUUAUAUCAGGAGGAGAUCUUAACACAAAGCCAGUUGGAGGACAUUCAGAGUGAGUCAUCUAACCGGGAUAAAGCGUUAAAACUGCUGGAUAUUCUGCCCACGCGCGGGGUGAGCGCUUUUCACCACUUUAUCAGUUCGCUAGAGAAAGAGUUUCCCUGGAUCAAAGACACAUUAUUGCAGAAGCUGUCUGAGGAAGAGAGCGAUCCACCUCCACCCUUUACAGGUGACGCUGUGGUGUAUAUGUGUGAGCGCGCGAGAGAGCGCUAUCCUAUUGAAAUUCAGUGUGGCGUUCCUGACCAUAUCCUUCUGACGGUUCCAACCACGCAGCAUCUGAACCGUCUGGCUGAAUAUCUCGGUCCCGAGUGGAAGUCUGUCCUUUUGGAUCUGGGCCUUUCUUCUGCAGAUCUUUAUCGCUGCUGUGCUGACCACCCCUUUGCGGUUCAAAGCCAAGUGCUGACGGGUCUGGUGAUGUGGACACAGAGGAACGGAAGAAAGGCCACGGUACAGCGGCUGCUCCAGAGCCUGCAGACCGCAGAUGUUCCUCCAUCUGUCCUUCAACAGGUGUUCAUGUGACACCACAGCAGAAGACAUAUUCGGUUGUGGUUUUCUGGAUAUCAUAAACCUUAAAGCUGGAAAAUAUUUUGACACAAAGGCACCAAAGGAAGAAAAACAUGUCUUUGUGCAUCUCUGUAUAUUUUGGAUUCUUAUCAAUGAUUAUAGUUAAAAAAACAAAUGGUUGUUGGACACCUAUUUUUUAGACCCCACGUAUAGCCUUUUAUUAUUGUCUUAAUUGUUGUGUUUUUAAUGUAAAAGGUGCAAUAUAUAACUUUUUUAAUGAUCUCUUUACAGAAAUGCAAUAUAAUAUACAUAACUUUAUUAUCAGUGCUGUAUAAAGACCUUACAUAAUGAACUGUAUUGUUUUUAUUACUGUUUUUAUCCACAUACCCAGCAGGUCUCCUUACAUAAAAGUCGCCGCUAUGUUUCCACAGCAGCCCUAAACAAUGGGUCAAUGACAUGACGUUAAUUAUUUUGUGUCCGUAUGGUUCAAUUAAAUGAAAAAGGGUUAACAUUUCAAAAUAAAUUUGCAGAUUACUUGCAUACAUUCUCUUUUUUGAGAACCUAAAAUUUUAGAGAAGUCAAAAAUUUCUGGUUUUAUUUAAUUUGGACAGAAUAUUUGGGGGAUAGUUGUAAAAAUUUCAAUGUUGUGUAACUGUGUCAAUUGGUGUAACUAGUAUUUUUUUAAAUGAAAAUAU